CUUCCUUUCCUAAGAACGAUCUUUGGCGGCGAGUUUCCUGCUUUGCUGCUUGCAAUCUCAGAGUCGUCUUCGCUCGCGUGGAUCCGGAGUUCAGUUGCGCCAGAGCGGCUGCUGCGUUUCCCAAAGUUGGAGUUGACCAGGCUCUUGGCUUCUCCCUCUGCUGGCAGAGAUGGCAAGAUUCCACCACCUGCUUCCUCAGGCAUGAACUCCUCAGCACAUCCGGUGAACCAGCUGUCUGUUAACCUAACCAAUGUUAGCUGCAUUAUGGAGGAUUGGAAUGACAUUGCCCAGGCAUCUGCUGACGCUCCCUCCUGGAAGGCUGGACUUCUUCACAAUGCCAACAACAAUGCCUCUUCAGGACCCUGGCGAGGCCUGAAGAGCCCUUCCAUUGCUUCCUCUGUUUCCCACUCCAAACUAAGCUACCUGGAGCGUGUGGUGCUGGAGAUUGUGGAGUCAGAACGUAUGUACGUGCAGGAUUUACGAAGUAUUGUAGAGAAUUACUUGGGGAAGAUCAUAGACACUCGAGAGCUGCUUCUGCGGCCAGAACAAGUCAGCGCACUUUUUGGAAAUAUUGAGGAUAUCUACGAAUUAAAUAGUGAGCUUCUACAGGACCUGGACAGCUGCCACAAUGACCCUGUUGCUGUGGCAAGAUGUUUUGUGGACAGGAGCCAGGACUUUGAUAUCUACACUCAGUACUGCAACAACUAUCCCAACUCUGUGGCAGCUCUGACCGACUGCAUGAGGAAUAAACAACUGGCCAAGUUCUUCCGCGAGAGGCAAGAACAAAUUCGUCACUCAUUGCCUCUUGGCUCCUACCUUCUCAAGCCUGUCCAGCGCAUCCUGAAAUAUCACCUGCUUCUCCAGGAGAUAGCAAAGCAUUUUGACUUGGAACAGGAUGGUUAUGAAGUGGUGGAAGAAGCAAUUGACACCAUGACAUGUGUGGCUUGGUACAUCAAUGAUAUGAAAAGGAAGCAUGAGCAUGCUGUGCGAGUGCAGGAAAUUCAGUCAUUGCUAAUUAACUGGAAAGGCCCAGACUUAACCACUUAUGGAGAGUUAGUCUUGGAGGGCACCUUCCGUGUUCAUCGGGUCAAGAAUGAAAGAACUUUCUUCUUGUUUGACAAAAUAUUGCUGAUAACAAAGAAGCGGGGUGAUCACUAUGUAUGCAAGAACUACAUUCCAUGCUCCUCCUUGAUGCUGAUCGAGAGCACCCGAGAUUCGCUCUGCUUCACUGUUACCCAUUACAAGCAUAGCAAGCAGCAGUACAACAUCCAGGCAAAAUCAGGGGAGGACAAGCGGGUUUGGACUCACCACAUUAAACGUCUGAUCCUGGAAAAUCACCAUGCCAUCAUCCCUCAGAAAGCCAAAGAAGCCAUCUUGGAAAUGGACUCCUACUAUCCCCCUCGCUACAAAUACAGCCCAGAGCGCCUGAAGAAGGCCUGGUCAUACCAACCCACAGAAGACAUUCCCCAGCAAGCCCGGCAGGGGCGUCGGCAAUCAGAACCUUUCCACUGCAAAAACAGUGCUGAGAAGCUCCUAGAUGGACUCCACAGCUCUGCUUUACAGCGUGACGGCCGCAGAAAAUCUGAGCCAGCAAAACAAAUCCUCAAGCAACUGAGCAACAAAGGACUAAAGCAUGCAGAUAGUGAUGGCGCUCUUCUGGAGUUUGGGGAGCCCCCACGGCCCUCCAGCAGCUUGCCCCCACAGGAGGAGCAGCAGCAGAACUUUCCCCAGGAAUGUCUGGAAGAGUUGGCUGAAAGUGAUGGCAGUGAGAAGGAGAUGGGGCCAGAGGAAGAGGUCGAAGUGGAGGAGGAGGAAGAAGAGGAGGAGGAAGAGGAGGAGAGCCUGGUAGGAACGGAGCAGGUGGCAGAUUUUGCAAGCUCCUUGAUGGCAGUCCUCCAUUGCUGGCACUAUCGGGCCAACGCUUUCCUUUUCUCCUGGGGCAGCAUGGGCAAGGGCCGCAAGGCACAGGAAGGGCACAAACGAUGCCAGUCUCCAGAAAACAAUGAGAGAACCUGGAUCAUGGAGGCCGCCUCUUCUGUCCUGAAGCCUCAAUCAGCCAUGGACCUUAACAGGAUAGCAGAGGCUUCUUCCUGUAAGGAAGAGUGCCCAGAAGAGCAUCUUUUGGACCCUGAGUCAGCAAGUCCUCCAGAGCCAGCCUUGGCAGACCAACAUGGAGUACUCCAUCAGCAUUCAGAUUGUCUGGAGCCCAAUGAAAAUGCUGAAGAGCUGAAGCCACUUACCAGCGAAGAGGAGGAGGAGGAGGAGGAGGACGGCAGUGCACCCCCACCCAGAAGCAUCCUUCCUCUCUCUGUGCUGGAUCAGGCUAGUAUUAUUGCUGAGCGCUUUACUAGUAGCCUCUCUCGUCGAAGCAGCCUGGCUCUAGAGGAGGGGAAGGGCUACCUGACCCCAAAGCAGGCCAGUCAGAGUGGCAGUGUCCUAAGCCUGGAUGGUAGUGAGAAGGCUACUUGCCGCAACAAUAGCGCCAUUGAACCCCAGAACUGCAGCCUGCCGCAAGAGCCCCCAACUGAGCCUAGCAGUGCCUGCCGUGAGCCUCUCUCACCAGGUCCAAUGGAAACCGAUCGUGCUUCCUGUAGACGGAAGGAGUCCAUGCUGUCUCAGCAAGACCGGCUGCUGUUAGACAAGAUCAAGAACUACUAUGAUUAUGCUGAGCAUCAAGAUGCUGGCUUCAGCGUCAGACGGAGGGAGAGCCUGUCCUACAUUCCCAAAGGACUAGUGAGGAACUCUGUCUUCAGGAUCAACAGCCUCCCCCAGCCAGAACCUGAGCAGGAAGUGAGGAAGAGAUUGGGAACCAGUGGGGUCUGUCGAACAGCAGCCUGGGUACUCUCAAAUAGACCUGCUCUUGGGUCCCAGGCUGCCUUCUCUGAGCCAGGCCAUGAUGAAAAUCCUCAGCCUAUCAGUGAAGCAGAAUUCAGGCCACCUGCUGAGAUGAUUAAGGUCUGGGAGGAGAUGGAGAAACCAAACAGACAGCUGUGGAAUGGGAAGGCACCAGAGGGCAGCAGGGCAGGCAAAGCAAAUGGGCAGUGUGCUGAACUUUCUUUGAGGAACAGGCUCAGGAGCCAGGAGAAUGGCUUUGACCUCCAUGAGCCGCUCCUCAUCCUAGAGGAUGAGGAUCAGAAUCUUGGGUCUAUAACAGAAGAGUCUGCUGUGCCCUCCCCAGACAACAAGUCUCCUGUGGAACAGGCCGUCCCUUCCAGAGUGCCCUGGAAGCUAAUGCAAGAACUAGGGAGCUGCGAGCCAGACCAGUGUCCCCCUCAGUUGCACCCCCGUAUCAUGCAGCUUGCCCAGCUGUCAGAGGCGGAACUGACAGAGAAGAUGAAGAACAAGGUAUACCAGCUGGCCCGCCAGUACAGCCUCCGAAUCAAGGGCCACAAGCCUGCAGCGCACAGGCGGCUGACUGAACUGGAGAAGGAAAUGAAGAGCAAUUUUUUGACUAGCCAGCAGGAGGCAGAUAAGAAGGGGGACAAGGGCAAGCGGAAGCCAGCCCUGUCCCUCCUUAAUUAUGAACAAGUUGUGCUGCAGGAAUCAAGCCCACUGAUGCUUCUUUCCUCUUCUUCGCAUGAGAAGUUGCCCAAGCGCUUCUCUUUCAGCCCCUCCUCCACCAGCCCCCGGCUCACUUCUCCCACUAGUACGCUGUCAUGCAGCCCCAUCAGCCCCAUCAUAGCUGAGAAGUUCCACUGGCCUGAUGUGCAGGAGCUGAGGUCCAAGUAUUCCUGUCAGCCAAGGGCUGAAAAGUGCAGAUCUCUACCGGUCAACAGGAGCCGCUCAGCACCUGAGAAAAUGAUGGAUGCUGAUAGGAUGCAGGAACACCGGGACUCAAAGAGAAAUGGGAAAAUUGGGAAAUCCCAGCAGGAGGGGACCCAGACCAGCAGGGGGAUGGCAGUAAGGGAGACAUCACCCAGUUUUCUUCCCAAGAAUCAUGCCUGUGAUACUAAUGAGCGAUUAUGUGUCACGGCCGAAGCUUCUCUGGAGAACAGCCAUCGGGUGAUAGUCAUGGAGAAACGGCUGGAUGCUGCUGGUGAGCCAGAUGAGAGCUAUGUGCAGAUCCGUUCCCCUACGUCCCGUGAGAAGAUCUCUCUCAAGGCCGUGGUGGAGCGGUGCAAGGCCUACCAGGACUCGGAAGAGUACCGCAAGCGUGAGGAGGACAUUCAGGAUGUGGCUUCCCCAAAGGCGUCUCAGCAACUAUGGUGGGAGAAAACAGACAGCAACCAGCAAAGCCUGGUAAAGAACCUCCGGGAAAAGUUCCAGACCUUCCAUCCCAACAGUUGAGCAUAAGUGUCUCUUGCUUCCACACUACUAAAACUUACUGUAAACUGAGAAGCUGUGGAGUCAACCUUUUGAGGAAAUCCCAACCAUUCUUUCCAGCUUCUUGGGAGGAUGGACAGCAGUCCCUUCCUGCUGGUAUCCCUCUUUCACAUGAACAGCUGCUUUAACUUUCUAGGAAGCAACGGCACCCUUCUUCAUAUCUAUGCAUUUUGAGCAUGGUUGUACAUCUCCAUAAACACUGUAGCACCCUAAGCCUGUUUUCAUCUUGCUGCAGGCAAUAUCAUUGCACAGAACAGCUGCAAGCCUCAAGGAGCUCCCCCUUAGAGUAGGCAUGCCAUAAGUCAGCUGUUCGUAAGCUCUGCCAAGGAAAGGUGUGUUCCUCCCUUCAGCACCAGGGUGCGGGUGGGAAGUUUCAUCAUGAAGGAGUGCUACGUUUUAUAGGAGAAUAAGUUAUUGGUCCAAGGUUGUGUUUGUAUGUUUUUUUUUUAAAGAAUGUAAUUUUACUGAGGUUGGGAGUUUUGAUUGGUUUCAAGCCUCCCAUUCUGCGAAUACAUAAUCUAAUAAUGGUUGUGUACACAUUUCAGUCUGUUGUACGCACUGUGAAAUAACCACUUUUGACCAGAGAAUGUGGCUUUGGCUUCUUCGCUGAAACUGGGUGUGUGAGAGGGGGAACGACUGAAAGCUAUCACUGUCUUUUUUUCCUUUUUUUUUUUAAACCCUGCAUCACAUGUACCCAAAGCUAAGAUUGAUAAAGUUCAUUGAGUUCAUAGACUUCUCCAAGGUGGUAGAAGCUGGCAUGGGGGUGGAUCAAAUUAGCAGUUAUGCUGGGAUAUUUCAGUUCCUGUAACUUGACUCCUGGAGAAUCUCACCCAACCCUGUUUCCUGCCUUGAUCUGUAGUACUUUGAUACCAUAUGCAUUCCUUCUAUGGGUCAAACAAGUGAGAAAUGUCUUGGGAUUAUUUGGAGGACCAUAGUCAAUUUUCAGGUCGUCCUUCGUUUGUUCAGUUUCUUCUAUUGAUUUUCAUUCAGGUAGGAAAACACAUUUCACUAGAUUAAGGAACAAAAUCAGUAUUUAAAUGACAUACUAUAUGAGAGGGAAAAAAUCUCCCUUAUAGAUCAGUAUGACUUAUAUUACCAAGGAUGGGAGGAUCUGCUUCAACAGUUUAAAAACUUGCUCAGAAGUUUUUAAAAAAUAAGUCAGUGUGUGAUAAGGUUGAUGGUGCUGUGCAUCAAGAUGUUUUAAGCACACUCGUCACUUUGCCUUUCGAUGGCAAAAAACACCCAACAUGUAUUUCAGAAUCAUAGCCUAGAGAAAUGACUGCACUAUGUAUGAACCUUCAGAGACCAAACAAUAUUAUUACUACUUCAUUCUCAGACACUGUUGGUGUGGGGUAGUGGAAAUAGACAAAAAAACACUAACACAGCUUGGAGUGGGCAGAAUUCCUACAUCAUUAUAUAUUGCAUGGUAGAGUUGAUGCCAGUAUUUCCAGCCCAGCUCAAUGGCCCACUUGCUAUGUAAAAUCCAUUUGAGAAUCUUCUGUUGAUUUGAAUUCCUGGGUAACUGAAACCCUUGAAUGUAUUUUGCAGUACACUUUGCAAGGAAUAAUUGACAUUUGAAAAGAGGGCAGACACAGCAAAAAGACUAAAGGAAGGAAAAGAAGAAACAAGAAACUCAGAGUGCACAUCAGUGGGCUGGGAUACAAAAGGAUGGGGGUACUUGAUAGAUGAUGCAGAGAGCCCCGUGAAAGAGACUUUCUGCCUGUGGUGGUGUGAGAGAUUGAGAGUGGAUGCUGUUGAGGUGGAGGACAAAGAAAAUGAGUAAACAAAAAGGGCUU